GUCGCGCCCUCUCGCUGCCUGGCUAAGGCGUGGACGGCGCGCGGAGGCGAGCGCGGGGGAGAGGAGCUGCCGGCGCCGCAGCCGCCGCCAGGGCAUGAGGAUGGCCGUGGGCUCCGUCAAAAUGCAGCCGCCGUGCGAGAGCCCGGCCCUGGCCGCGGCGGCGGCAGCGGCGGACGGCGCCCUGCGCCGCAGCCCAAGCUCCCGAGAGCCGGAGCGCGAGCAGCCGCCGGCGCCGCCGCGGCCGCGGCUGAAAGACCUGCCGGCGCUGCUGCGGAGCGGGCUCACGCUGCGGAGGAAGCGGAGCGCCGCCGGGGGCCGGACUCUAUCAAGAAGAAUUUCCAAUCCAUACCUUGAGCACACACCUUCCCAGAUUUAUGGAGAGAAUUCUUCUUGCGCAGGAAGAGCACUGAGGAAUAUUAUUAUUGUUCAGGCAGCUGACCUGAUAAAGGACAGAGUUAACCUCAAGGGAUUUUACAGGAAAAGCUGUGUUGGAUCAGAACUGGUAGACUGGCUUCUAGAACACUGCCCUUUUGUCCAAUGCAGAUCUAUGGCCAUAGGGAUCUGGCAGCUCCUAUUGGAUAUGGGAAUUAUGUCAUCAGUGGACCAGAACUUAUACUUUCAAGAUACCUAUGUGUUCUAUCAGUUUUCAUCUGAUGAAUGUAGCUACUUGUACUGUGAAUUUGAAAGAGAAGAAGAAUGGCAAAAUGGUGUCAAACUUUUACUGCAACUUGUGCCUCUCAUUCCUGCCAGAGCUGGCAUCUGUGAGCUAUCUCAUCAGAAAAUUGAAGACUCUGAGGAAAGCAGCGAUGAAAUUCUUGCUCGUCUUACAUCUGCGGUGCAGAGAGAGCUAGCAGCUGUUAUUGCUUUGAAAGCAAGGAAGUCUGCCCUUGAACAAGAGGAGGAAAACAGUGACAAACACAUACCUGUGACAGAAGCAGAAGGUGCUUCAGACUCUCAGGCAGGGGUGAUGUGCAAGCUUCAAGAGAGAGAUGAUAUCGGACGAAUUGAACUGGUCCAGAAGCUGGCAAGAGAAAACUAUCAGUUUCUGCAGACGGACAAAAAAGAACAGGAGAAAUCUGAACACCAGGAUGAUGAGGUGACGACGGUUCAGGUUACAGAGCAGGAGCGGAGCGUCCUGGUGCUGAAGAAAGUGCGGAGCGGCGGCCCAGCCCCGCCAGCCGGCAGCGCGGAGAGUGAUUGGAGAUACGUGGUCGUGUCCGGGACUCCGGAGAAGAUUUUGGAGCACCUUUUGAAUGACUUGCACCUGGAAGAAGUCCAGGACAAAGAAACAGAGACCCUCCUGGAUGACUUCCUCCUGACGUACACAGUCUUCAUGACAACUGACGACCUGUGCCAGGCGCUAUUGAGGCACUAUUCUGCUAAGAAAUACCAAGGCAAAGAAGAAAACUCAGAUGUUCCGUGUCGGAAACGUAAGGUCUUACAUCUUGUUUCCCAGUGGAUUGCUCUCUACAAAGACUGGUUACAUGAAGAUGAACAUUCAAAAAUGUUUUUAAAGACCAUAUACAGAAAUGUACUGGAUGAUGUAUAUGAAUAUCCAAUACUUGAAAAAGAAUUGAAAGAAUUUCAAAAGAUACUUGGAAUGCCCCGUCGUCACACUGUAGAUGAAUAUUCACCACAAAGAAAGAAUAAAGCCCUUUUCCACCAAUUCAGUCUUAAGGAGAACUGGCUCCAGCAUAGGGGAACUGUGACUGAAACAGAGGAAAUUUUUUGCCAUGUGUACAUAACAGAGCACUCUUACGUCAGCGUGAAGGCAAAAGUUUCCAGUACAGCCCAGGAGAUCCUGAAAGUUGUAGCAGAAAAGAUCCAGCAUGCAGAAGAGGAGCUGGCUCUAGUGGCCGUCACAUUCUCUGGGGAAAAGCAUGAACUUCAGCCAAAUGACUUGGCCAUCUCCAAAUCCCUUGAUGCGUCUGGUCGAAUAUAUGUCUACCAGAAAGACCUAGCUGACACUUUGAGCCCGUUAGCUGAAAAUGAGGAAUCACAGCAAAGGUCUGUGAGGAUUUUGGGAAUGAACACUUGGGAUCUUGCUCUGGAAUUAAUGAAUUUUGAUUGGAGUCUCUUCAAUUCAAUUCACGAGCAAGAGCUGAUCUACUUCACGUUCAGCAGACAAGGAAGUGGGGAGCACACAGUGAACCUCAGUCUACUGCUCCAGAGAUGCAAUGAAGUCCAGCUCUGGGUGGCCACGGAGAUUCUGCUCUGCAGCCAGCUGGGCAAGCGAGUGCAGCUGGUGAAAAAAUUCAUCAAAAUCGCUGCUCACUGCAAAGCCCAGCGAAACCUGAAUUCUUUCUUUGCUAUUGUGAUGGGGCUGAACACUGCUUCUGUCAGCCGGCUGUCGCAGACAUGGGAGAAAAUCCCUGGGAAGUUUAAGAAACUCUUCUCUGAACUCGAAAGUUUAACAGAUCCUUCCCUGAAUCACAAAGCAUACAGAGAUGCAUUCAAAAAGAUGAAGCCACCCAAAAUCCCUUUCAUGCCCUUAUUGCUUAAAGAUGUAACAUUUAUUCAUGAAGGGAAUAAAACAUUUUUGGAUAAUCUCGUCAAUUUUGAAAAGCUGCAUAUGAUUGCAGACACUGUCCGAACCCUGAGACACUGCAGGACUAACCAGUUUGGAGGUGACAUGUCUCCCAAAGAGCACCAAGAGUUAAAAUCAUACGUUAAUCACCUGUAUGUCAUUGACAGCCAGCAGGCCCUGUUUGAGCUCUCCCACAGGAUGGAGCCUCGGGUGUGAGUCCUGCCGCCCCACCGCCUCACGUCCCCUGUAAUGGCAGCACUUUGAGCUAUGGGAAUGUCAGUGCCAAGCAUGUUGCUUUCCUGUGAGGAAAGAAGUUGCUGAGUUUUAUCAGUGUAUCAUAAGGCAUGCAUAGGAAAGCCAACAGAAGUGUGCUCAGGAAGUGACAUCAUCAGCCACCAGACACAGAGAGAGGCCUCUCGCACUACUGUCGGAACGAGCAGGCAGAGGAAGAGUCAGAAGCAUUCUCGAAUGGAGAAGUCUGGAUCAGCAAUGUGGUCACAAGAAACCAAUCCAGUUUUCAAUUUGAGGUGUGCCUACAUCAAGACAAGAGAACAUGUCUUAUCCUACAGGGACUGACUAUUUGACUACGAGUAUGCAUUAAACAUGGAGGAGAUUUACUUUGCCUGGGAGUAGAUCCCUGUUUAUAGGCUGUCAAAGAAGUUGCUCAUUUGAACACUUAAACACAGUGAUGGCAUCUCUAGGUUUCCUGGAAGAAGGAGUGGUCUCUCAACACAAACCGUGACAUCAUCAAAAGCCCCUUAUGUUUAGAGAAUCAGGACCAACAGCUGGCAUCCAUGCUCUGAUUUCCAAAAGUGAAAUGUCAAGGCAUGCAUAUCUUUGCAUCCACAGUCAUGUAUCAAUAUAUGCUUGCAGGUGAAAUUUAUUUCUGCACAACUGAUUCACAACUAUAGGCAAGUUAGGCUAAGUUGCUUUGCCAAUAAGGAAAAACAGUCUUCUUUAGGAAAUUGACUUGUUUAAUUCCCAGGGAUUUUUCUUCACAUCUGCAAGUUCACAUCUCUUUUUGGGAACAAUAUGAUUCUUGAGAAAGCAGAGUGCCUGACACAUUGUAGGCACUCAGGAACUACUUACUGCAGUAACAGAGUCACAGAGGUCUGCAUUCUCGUGCCUGAUGAUGCUCUAGUGUUUUGCAUGCCUCCAGCAAUCUCCCUGCCUGCAGUGUGGAAAAAUAACAGCCACCGCAGGGAGGUUAAGUGGGAUUAGACGUGUAAAGCACUUGGCACUCCCUAGAGAAGAGCAAAGUAUGAAGAUAGUGAUGAUUGCCCAUCUUUCAGUAAAUGAAAAGUACCCCAAAAUAGCCAAAUGUCUGAUUUAUGUUGGACACUUACAAGUGCUGUAGUCCAUCUCCCAACCAAGGCAGGAAGCAUUUCUAUGAUUUUUUUUUAUUCAAAGUCUCAGAGUCAUUUAAGUCUUUUUUUAUUCCCAUUUUUACAGAUUGAGUCUCCUACAGUAAAUAAGACCUCUUUAUAUUCUCAAGAACUGGUUAGAGGAUUGCCCUAGACCUUCAAAUGAAAAAAGAAGCCUAUGGGAUACAAUAAUGAAAUCCACCCCUGCCAGCUAGACAGUGUCCCAUUACUAAUACGAGGUUCCUUCAUCAUGUAUUAGGUCCAUUCAUUUUCCCACUCGUGUGAGUCCUGGUGCCCUUCUCACCACUCCUGCUGUUAGUUCCUGGGCACCCAUACAGAGGCUUUUCCUUUUUAUCAGCACCUCAUUCCUGAUGUGUGGCCCAGGUUUUCUGGCUCCUUUAUAGCAGUGCUGUUUCCUGGGCUUAGGAAACACACUGAGCUUGAGGGAUCAUGGAAGGAACCACAUGGAGAAAAUUCUGACUUUCAAAGAGACAUGUUCUUCCCCAACAUGUAAAUCUUCAGAUAAUAAACAGGAUUUAUAGAAAAGCACCAUCAAGGGCUGGUUCACUGAGAGAGAUGUUCCUGGCUGCUGGGCAUGGAGUGAGACCUGCUGGAGACCGCAGCCAUCAGAAACGGAGAAAACAGACCUGUGUCCCAGCUGAUCAAAUGCUGGAAAGCUCUCCCCUUGGAAAUUCCUGGGGAUAGCAGGGACUUGGGGCACAAUCUUGAGUCCCUGUCGUUUCUCUGUGUGGGAAAGUAGCAAUUGGCCAGUCCAGUCAUGGAAAGCCAUUUUGACAUUGUCUGUGUUUUACAGUUUAAAUUUUUAUUCACAUUUUUACUCACUCCAUUGCUCCAGUUAGAACAUUACCUCUUGAGGACUAAUUUUCAGUGGACAACUAUUUCCGCAUAGCGCCUGCUGCUUAACCCCAGUUCAAAUAUGUACAUGGCCAACCGAGUCCACCCAUGCGUCAGGUGUAAGUACACUUUGAUGUGUACUCAGUGUAUCCCACAUGGCGUGGGUGGACACAGGGCAUGGAGAAAAUAGUGCUGUCCACCAUUUCCUCCAACUAUGGCCAUGUGGCUCUCAGGGCAGCAAAAGGAAGGGAAGAUUUUGUUUAGUUUGCAUUUGCUUUUCCAUCCCUAUUUUCUGAAGGUCAAAAAUCUCCAAAUCUUUCUGAAAUAAAACAACUGUCUCCAGAGACUUCCCAGGCAGCAGCUCUCAGAUAUUUCAAAAGUCCUGAGAAGACUCAAAUCUGGAGUUAAAGAAUUCAAGGCAUACUUGUGGAAAUUGGAUUUAGCUCAGGUGAGGCUCUUUCUAAUGAUUUGAGCUGUCCAACAGUGCACGGGCUGCCGUGGACAGACACUGCUCCCUGUUCAUAGGAUGGGCCAUCUUCCCUCUCGAAAUAUUGGUCAAGGCCUCUUGAAAUAGGUUUUGUGCUGGCUAGAUGGUGGCCUAGAAGAUAUCUGAGCUCCUUUCCAGCUCUCAUAGAUUUUUAUGAUCACAUACGAUCCAUGCACUCUGAAAAUCUCCUGUGAUCUGCCACCUUCACCAGCGAGCAUGCACAGGCAUUUCUGAAUGGGUUCUUUUUGCUACAGCACAUCUCUCAGCCCUGUGGGUCUUUGGAUCAGCAUUUCCAGUGAACCUGCCCUGCUUGGAAGUCAGCACAGACUUCCUUUAGGCAAAAUUUCUGAACAGUUUUUUCCAUACACAUAAGCAGAUACUUAAGGCUAUGGGUGUUUUAAAUUCACUCUGUGUUAUAAUCUGCUCAAUUGCCAAAGGUGGUUCUGAGAAAAAAUUAUAGCCUACAUUCAGUUUAUUCUAGUAUCAUUAAUUAUAUUUAGAAUAAAUUCAUUUUCCUGGACCCCUGUCCACAUGCAAGUCAAAUAGAGUGUGCACUGAAUUCAGAAGCACAAGGUUACAGUAAAAACCCACACCUCCCAGGUGGCAGGGAGAUAUAGCACUCAUGUUAGCUAGCCUCCAAGUGGGGAGAAACCGUUGCACAGAAGAGGGGGUACUCGUGACCUCUGAUCCCCAGAGCAGGGCUUUCGCUGUGGCCCCGUUAUUUGUGACAGCUUACAAACACCACGGCUCCCAAACUUCAUGUUCCUACAUGGUUACAGCAGAUCCAAGCUUCACAGAAACUGGGCACAAACAUUAAAAUGGAGAUCAGGUCCACUGCAGUUUUCUGAUGUGGAGUUUCUUUUAAAUGUUUCAAAGACAUGUCCUUAAAAUUUCAGCCUGCUUAUUAAUGAGUGGGCCGUUGUGCUUAGAACAAGUAGGGGGAAAAAAGUUCUUAAAAAUUGCCAAAAAGUUAAAUGAAAAUGUGCUACUGUAUAAAGCAAAGCUGUAUAUACUAAACAUUUUUUAGCAGAGUAAUAUUUAUUUGCAUAGCCUAUUUAUUGUAUUCGUAUUACACUGUUAUUAAAUACUGAGAUGAAAUCCAUGACCUGCAGCAAGGACUCUUGCCUUGUCAUGUAUCGUUCAUUAGGACUGAGUGACAUUUUCAGCUUGCAUUAACAAUUAGAAGAUAGAAAACCCGCAGUGGGGGUGUCUGCUUAACUUCUCAGGGACUACAUUUUGUAGUUUUCCAUGAUUAUAAGAGCUGGUAAAUAUGAAACAUUUGUUGAGUUACCAGAAUUGCCAUUAACAGUAUUUUCUUUCUCAUGUUUCAUGCUUUCUGCUUCUGUAUAUGACUGUGCUGUGUAUUUAUCGAAGCUAGUAAGCAAUAAUUUAUAUGUAAAAAUGGCCAAGCAAUAUAAGGUGAAAACUUAUAUAAGUCACUGUUACCUUAUCUUGUAUUUUUGAGUGUUUUUUUUUUAAACUGCUUUUCCAAAUAUAAGAUUAUGUUAAAUUCACA